AUGGCAGAGAGAUUUGAAGCUUUCAACACCGGUAUGGGUUUGGUGCAAGAACAAAACGAUAGCAGGGGAAAGGUGGUUCGAAAAAAUAUUGUAGCCAAUCUGGGAAAUACCUUAAGCCUUCUUCCUAACACAACCUCAACUCCCAGCAACGUUUCCUUAGCCAUUUCGCCUCACUUAGAUCCUACCUAUACCAUUCCACAAAUACCUUCAACCUACACUCCCGAUCAAGUAGCGAUAAUUCCUAAUCCUCAAUUUUCCAUAACCACCGCUCAAUUCGAGAAAAGUAAGAAAAACGAACUGACAAUAUCCCCAUACAGGAGGCCUGGAAAGGAAAUCAAGUCGCUUUACCAUGAAGAUUUGGGAAAAGAACUCCACAAUUUGAGGAAAGUCAUUAAUGAAGAGCUAUGUUCAAGGAAUUUCCAGAUUUUGAAGUAUGAAAAUUUGUGUGUGCAUCCAAACGUUGAGCUUCCGUCAGGGUACAAAAUACCUAAGUUUAACACUUUCGAUGGGAAGGGAGAUCCCGUCGCUCAUUUAAAGGACUAUUGCAGCAGAUUAAUUGGUAUUGGACAUAAUGAAGCCGUACGAAUGAGAUUGUUCAUUCAAAGUUUAUCAGGAUCAGCACUCGCUUGGUACACUAAACAAGAUUUUAGCAAAUGGCUUACGUGGGAAGAUAUGACCCGCGGAUUUGUAAAGCAAUUCGAGUUUAACAAUGGAGGCGAUCCGCAUAUAGCCGAUUUGCUCAGAGAAGACUUAUAUUAUGAUAAGUUGCUCGGAGCUUGUGCACACAACUUCUCUGAUUUGAUUAGGAUUGGUAGGGAACUAGAAAAUGCCAUUCAAGAAGGGAGAAUUACAGAUAGCUCAGCAACACAAGCCAUUCACCAAACCUUCCAAGCGGAGAUACUAGGAAAUCUGCAAAGUGAAAUGAAGGAAAACCAAUUUGCUUCCGCGACUAUGCAUCAAGCGCAAUGCCAUAAAAGUCACCAAAUUUUUCAAUCUUAUGCCACCAUGCAAUGUCCUCGUCAGCAAAACUCCCAGCAGGGCUACCAACGACAGUUUCACCAAGCACAAUCAAGCUCUCAACAUAAAAAGAAGAGGAAAUCUUUUUGCUUCACUACUCUAAAUGAACCAUUGGCAAAUAUAUUUAAGAGGUUGAGUGCUAAGGGUAUUCUACAACCAAAGAAGGGAUUUAUACCUAAGCAUCCACCGCCAAACUUUGAUUUAUCUAAGAGUUGUGCUUAUCACUCAAACAUUCAAGGACAUGGCAUUGAAGAAUGUCCAGCACUAAGAUUUAAGAUUCAAAGCAUGAUUGAAAGUGGCAAGAUAAAGCUACAACUAGAGCCUUCAACCGGAAAUAUUGCAAACACAAAGACAACUGUUGUUAAGGGUGAUCCAUCGAAACUGGCACCGAGGCAUUUGAAAAGAAAGCGUGCAACAAGUCAAGCAGACUGA